GUGAAUGUAGUUAUGAAGAGCGAUAUGGAAAAAGAAGCUGGAACCUUUAUUUUGAGAAGUUAUGGAGAAUUCUUCAAAAAACAAUAUCAAGAUUACACAUCUAUACUGGAUACAGGAAGUAAAGAAGAAAACAAAACAUUUGCUCCAGUGCAAGUUAUCAUGAAAACAAAUGAACUCACUUCUUCAUUAGAUCUGGUAGCAUCUGAUAAUACAGUGAUGACCAAAAUUUUAAGCGUAUUAACAUCACUAUGUGUUGAAGUAAAUGAAUUGAAAACAGAAGCUUUUGAAAGGCAUUUUCAUUUCUUAUCAAUAUAUGAUGAAUACAAUACAACAGAUAUAUCUUCUCAAAUGGAUUCAAUAUGUUUGCUAAAUCUGUUUGUUAAUCGCUGUAAUGAUAUUGGUAAUAAUUUAUGCAGUCAAAUAUUUGCAAUAUUUAAUGGAACUGUAAUAAAUUUUGAUGGAAUACAGUGGCACUUUCUGAUAAAUAAAAUUGGGGAAAUCUUAACAAUUCUGGUUAUUAUUGAGCUGCUGAUAUCUAGAUGCUCAUUGGUAGCUAACUGGAACAAAUUCUGCAAAACUUUUAAGAACUGCUAUGAUAAUAUUGAUUUUGAAGGAGAAAGACUUAAAGCUCUGACUGGAGCUGUUAAUAGUAUAACAUCUAAAUUGAUGAAUGAUGAUAUAGUACAGACAACUUUUAAUAAUUUAUUGCAUUUAAGAAAAAAAGAUUUAAAUACCAAGAACUGCUCUCUUGUGUCAGCAGAAUUUACAAAGUACAUAAGGCAAGCUAUACAAAACCUAGAUAAACUGUCACAGGAAAAGCCAAAUGGAGAAAUUAUGUAUAAAUACAUUAAAAUAAAUGUACUAUUUGCUUUCAACUCACACUUGUUUGGAAAUAAUGAUAAAAAGACAUUUAAAAGUUUGAUGGAAUUAAAUACAAAGGGUCACAGCAUAUAUGUAGUUGGGACUGCUAUAUGGUUUCCUGAACAGUUCCUUCAACGAUAUGUUCCUUCACUGUGUGGUAAUUAUAAUAAACUAUCGCAAAUCAUGCUUAAAACUCGUCAGGCUUACAUGAACAAUAAAAAAAUGUCUUUAAAUAAAGAUAUUAUGAUUCUACAAAAUGUAAGCACACAGUGGAUAUUAACCGUUGAAGAACUAUUUUCAAGUAAUAAUAGACUGAGUGCUGCGGAAAUGGCUCUUCAUUCAAAAACGAUUCUGGAUGGACUCAAUAUUGUCUCGAAUAUAAACUAUUCUAUUUUAUCUUUUAUUAAUCUACAUCUUUCGCUCGGAAUGGCGCUGUCAAAAACUAUACUCAUGUCAUUGUUUGAGAUAAUGGACAUUUUGAAAAGUAUGUGGAAUGCUAUCAGGAGGAAUUAUAAUGAGAUCAUAAAUUCGAUUACUAUGAUAACGCAACACUUAACAUUUCAAGCUAUAUCUUCAAUAUUAGAAUUGAAAAAAACAUUGAUGAGUGACAAAAAAUACGCCAUAAAAAAGUUGGACGAACUCACUUGCAUUGUAAUAGCGGAGCAAGCUAUACGAGGGGCGUUAACUUUAAAUCGUAAUAUAGCCACGAAUAUUGCCCUCAGUUUUGUGCCUGAGACAACCUUUGCAGAAGAUAGCUAUGUAAGACUGGGUUUAUUACUUGAAAAAAUACAAACCUUAUCAAAUUUAACUGAAAAUAUAAAUAAAUAUUGUAAUUGCUCCUGGAUGUUGUGGCAUCAGAAUAUAAUUCCUAUAUACUUGGAACAAAAUUUCACCAUGCAAUUGGAGGCAAUAAAAAUAAAAUAUUUUUUUAUGGCCAUAGAAGACUGUGUCGUCUUUCUAGAAGAAACAGAUUGUCACUUCAAAGAAUCAAAGACUUUAGAUUUUAAAAAUAAAAUGAGUCGAAUAAUUGAUGAAACUGUUCUACAAAAUAUAAGCCAAAGUAUAGAAACCAAUCUACGUCUCCAUAUACAUUCUCAUUUACAGUUAGAUGCCGUGAAUCCGUUAACAUUAGACAUGAUUAAGAAAAACCUCUUACUUAUGGACAUUCUUCAUUUACACAAUACAAAUAUGUCAGUAGUACACUCCGUGGAGCAUUAUCUGUCAAAAACCUACUACAACUUGACCACAGUUGUUCUUUCUGACUGGAAAACGUACGGUGAAAUGCGACAAAUGGCAAAAUUGAAAUUCAAUGUUUCAACCAUCCAUGAUAACCUUCCAAAACAGACAUUGGAACAGGGUUUGGAUGUUUUGGAAAUAAUGCGAAAUAUUCAUAUAUUCGUUUCUAAAUACCAGUAUAAUCUUAAUAAUCAAAUUUUCAUUGAAAAGAGUAGCAAUAACAAACACUUGAACUCGAUAAAUAUAAGGCACAUUGCAAACUCAAUAAGAACACACGGUACAGGCGUAAUGAAUACUACUGUUAAUUUUACUUAUCAAUUUCUGAAAAAUAAAUUCUUUACGUUUUCCCAAUUCAUGUAUGACGAGCAAAUCAAAUCACGACUUAUCAAAGACCUGAGGAACUUCAAAGAAAAUGGACAAGUCUAUUUCUAUAAAAAUGCAGAAAAAUUUAAUAAAGGUAUAAAAGUUUUGGGAGUCGCCGAAGACGGACAAAGCUAUUUAGAUUUAUUUAGAGAUUUAAUUAGUCAAAUUGGAAAUGCGAUGGGAUAUGUUCGCAUGAUUCGUUCCGGCGGAAGACAUUGUUGCUGUGACGCGACUGCGUUCCUUCCUGACCUGGAGACAAAAAAAUAUAAAGAAUCCUGUCAAGAAAACGGUCUCAACGAUAAAACGAUUGAGGCCGCGGAAAAUCUGGACGAGAAUAUUAACGACUUGAUAUCCAAUUUCAUUCAAGGAACAGAAUAUUUUAAGUUACUUGUUGAAGUUUUCGCUCCUGUGUUUAGAAACCCUAAGAACGUUCAUCUUAAAAAUUUCUUUAUCAUCGUUCCACCGCUGACACUUAACUUCGUAGAGCACAUGAUAUUAUCAAAAGAUAAAAUGUCGAAAAAAAACAAGGUGGGAGCUUCUUUCACUGACGAUGGUUUUGCAAUGGGUAUAGCAUAUAUUCUUAAAUUGUUGGACCAGGAUUCUAAUUUCGAGACACUUCAUUGGUUUGACUCUGUAUGGAAUCAUAUAAAGGCGGAAAAGGAGACUAUCGACGAGCAAAAAAGUAAAGGUUCUUUGCAACUACAACAAGCAUUAGCUCUCACUGAAAAGAAAAUCAAAACGAUUGAGGAGGAAUAUAAGCUUCUAUAUUACAGUCUUACAAGUGCAAGAAUCUUUUUUAGAUAAAAUAAAAAUAUAAUGAAACAAU